AUGCACGUCACAGAGAUGCACAUCGAUGCAAUUACUUAUGAUGUUGUCGCCCUUCUCCUUAAUUUUUCGCAUAGUAUGUAGUCACAUGUUAUGAUUUUUCGCUUAUGAUGUUCGCACACUCUGUAGUCACAUGUAGUUUUCUCUCUUGUCUAAUAGAAAUGCGAGUGCGACCCCGGGUGGUACUCGUUGAAGGACUUGAACUCAACGGGUUACGAGCAAUUUGGUGUCUUCCAUUACGGUGUGGAAGUAACUGGCAUCGUGAACCCUUAUGGUCCUUUGCACGUUGAUGGAGAUGAGCGGAUGAUCGAGACGGAUUUGCUGGGCGCAAGGAUUUUGAUCUAUGACGACACGCAGACCCCCAAAUUUAAGGUUUUUUGCUUUCGCAUUUUUACAUCCUACUUCACUAGCAUCCUUGUUAGCGCUUUACAAAUAAUCCUUGACUAACAUCGAUCCUUGGCCUCCUUUUGCGGUUAGAUGAAAGAAGUCAUCAAGGAUGUUUUCAGGAGUGUAAAAUUCUGUCUAAGAUUCUAAUGAAUGCUUAUAUCCGAAGUGCAGACUGAUCUACGAUGCGCAUUGUAAGAACUGCACCGCGUGCCUGGACAACAACGGGCCGAUUGAAGGGUGCGUUCCCGGAUGCAAAGUCUGCGACAAGGGAUAUUUCUUGACAAACCGUACGGAGAAUGGACGAUGCGAGGCUUGUCAUUUGAAUUUCCCUCACUGUCAAACAUGUGAACGCGUUUUCACCACACGUGGAGUCGAAUCCGAAGCUGUGCGCUGCACUCUCUGCGAUCCACUCUUCGUUCUUCACGACGGCGAAUGUGUCUCAGACGGGGUAUUCGAGUUUGAAUCACCUAGAUACCAUGUGUACCAAGACGAAGCUUACAUAGACGUUUAUGUGGUGCGGAACCUG